AUGAUGUACCCCAGCAUUCUCUCUCUGAUCUGCACUGUAUGGAUACUUCUUAUUCCGUGUGCUGCCCGUGUUAUUGUUAAAGACACAGGUCAGUACAGUUUUAUGGCUCAGAUGAAUACCGAUAACCUGUAUAAUGAACUUGCCCCUGAUAUAGAAGUUCGAGCUGUUCUAAAUGCGGCGGAGGCCCGGUCGACGCCAGCCAACAGCGCCUUGUGGCAACUAAAUGUCCAUGAGAAAGCAUUGCCCAGCCGAGCUCGUGCAAUAAAUCAUAGGGCAAACGAGCCACAACAGACAUCCGCUGGAGAUCUUCGGCAACCUACUAUUCAAGAAGGCGUAGCUUCUUGGCAACCGGUUAUUAAACGUACUGGAAGUGCUGUUGGAGGAUUUUUAUUUGAGCACGCCGUUCACGACAAGAUCGUCGAUUCUUAA